GUUUGUCCCGCCCCUCCAUUGCUAUUAAAAUCCAAAAUGUCUUCUCUUUUCUAGCUCCUCUUUUGAAAUUACCUCUGAAAUUACACUCUCUCACAUCCCCCUCAGUCAAUGGCUAAGACCAGUAAAGCAGCUACUCUCCCUACAGUAUCAGUACCUGAUUCAUCCAUUGAUCUACUGCCUGGAGAGGCACUGGUAGGUCAUGCCCCUGAUACCCAGCAGUUACUGUAUGAGUCAGAGGGACCUGAUAAGAGUCCUGGGUAUAUCUAUGGGACACUCUUCAUUACUAAUCACAGACUCUCAUUCAAACCUGCUCCUUUCAACACUGAUAAACUCUCUCCAUUGGACAGGUCCUCAGUAGUCAAGAGUCAUUAUAUUCCAUUGAGACUGAUACUACAAGCAUACACUAUCAGCAGUAAUAAGAAGAGGCUUGUCACUGCCAAGUCAACUCUGCCAAAGAAAAUAAAUGAACUGGAAAUAAUCUGUAAAGACUUACGAAAGGUUGUAUUCAGUUUCAAGAGUUGCUCAAAGUCUGAUGUAGUUCAUGUUGUCAAUUCCUUUGGGAUGUAUUCCUCUCCCAGUAGUGUCUUUCAUCUCUUUGCUUUUGAUUACGCUCGAGUAGUUCAUAAAACUAAAGACACUCACUCCUCAUCUUCCUCUUCUUCUCAAGAUGUCAUUCCAACUUAUUUCAAUCCUCGUGACUGGCAGAAGGAAUUGGAUAGACUAGGAGUGAACCAGAAGCAGUGGAGGGUCACUGAGGCUAACCAACACUUCCUCCUCUGUGACAGUCUCCCUCCAUACAUUGUGGUCCCAUACAACAUCAGUGAUGAUACUCUAGAAUAUGCUGCUGGCCUACAUUUCAAGAACCGUCUACCUGUGUGGUGUUGGAGUCACAGUGUCACUGGUGUCUCAUUAACCAGAGGAUCAUUACCUGAUGAAGACAGACUAGAAGCACCUGAUCCUAGGUCAGUGGAAUACACUGGACAGGAUGGAACCCGUUACACUGUCUGAUGCAUAUACAUGUACUUAUGCUGUGUAGCAAGU